AUGCAUGAGGAAUUGCUCAUAAAUUCCGAUCACGUCCUUUACAUGAUGAUCGAACACAAUACUUCAGCGAAUUUUGUUGUUGUUGGCAUUUUAAAGACGGGAUGGAAAAAAUUAUGUCUCUACAACAAAGCUGUAGGAUCAUGUAAAGAAACAAUGGUCUACUGUUUGAUGGAUUUCUACGUCCACGAAUCUAGACAGCAUAAAGGUUAUGGAAAAUAUCUGAUCGAUUACAUGCUACAGGAUAUGCAUUUAUGCGCCAAAAAUUUGGCUAUAGAAAAUCCAACUAAAAAUCUAUUGGAGUUUAUGUGGAAACAUUUUCAAUUGUCCAAAAUAGUUAACCAGGGAAACUAUUUCAUAGUCUAUGAGGAGUUUUUCGAUGAUGCAUUCAACGAAAGGAAUCAUAACGAUGGCGGAAACGGGUAA